AUGCGACCCAUUGUUUCCAUAAACGAUGACACUUUGCAGUUUGCAUUGAAAAAGUUGGAACUUUUUGAAAAAAAAAAAAAAAAAAAGUUGGAAAUUCCGCGGCUUCUCGAGCCUUCCAUAGAUAAGAUCAUUAGAUUGGUAGGUUCUCAACAACUCGUCCUUUAUAUACCCACUCACCUCUUCUCACUCGGACACAUUCAACCUUCCUCUGAUUUCCUCCUCCGUCUUUACGCCCUUCUGCGUUCACAUCGUCAAUCAGGGGUUUAUUGUAUUUGUGAUCUUGUUUCGCUGUUUCAGCUUCACUCACAAUUCAAUAUGUCCCGCGGUAACCAGAGAGACCGAGAUCGUGAAAGGGCUCAGUCCAGGUCCGGCAACAAGACCAAGCAGCCCAAAACCGAUGGAUUGACCCCUGAACAACGCCGAGAAAGGGACGCCAAGGCGCUGCAGGAAAAGGCGGCAAAGAAGGCGGCGCAGGCGGCCGGAGGGAACAAAGCGGGAGGAAUCAAUGCCGGCGGCAAGAAGUAGGGAUGUGAAGUUUAGGGUAGAAAGUUGGGUGUAUAUUGUAAGAUGACAAUUAGAUGAUUUGUGAGUGUUUUGAGUUUGGGAUUUUGGUGUUGGGUUUGAGAUGAUCAAUCAGAUCAAGUGUUUGUCUUGUUGGGAUUGGCAUUGAUAUGAUGUGUAUUGUUGUUUUAAAACCUUUCAGCUUUCUACCCAAUGAAUCAGAUUAAUUCAUAACUUGUUUA